GCCCCCCACCCCCCACCCCACCACACACACUCACAGUUCAGGAAAAGAAAGAAUCAAUGACUAGACUUUCGCCUCCUGCCUUAUUCUGGUCUGUAUGAGAACACCGAGAAGCAAACUAGUAACUCCGGAAACUCCUGCCGGCAGCAGAAGCGAGCGGCAGUAUGCCGAGGAGGAAACAACAAGCACCCCGGCGCUCGGCAGCAUAUGUGCCUGAGGAAGAGCUGAAAGCAGCGGAGCUCAGCCAAGAUCUUCAGGACAAAGAAUUGCCACCAGGGAGUGACCAGGAGCAUGAGUUUGUGUGUGCUGAGGAAGAUGACAAUAAAGAAGUGCCCAGUUACCAGAAUUCACCCGCCAGCACGCCAACUAACCCAGAGCCGGGCUACGGGUCACCCGCCAGUGACACCAGCGAUCAGCUGGCUGAGUCCCAGAGCACCUCAUCUAAGGAUGGGCAGGAAAAAGAGGAGGGGCUGGGCAUGGACAGCUUACUCGUCUCACGGGACAGCCUGGCACAGAUGAAAGCCGCCUACUCCAACUUCCUGAGCAGCUCGUACUGGACGAGCCUGGGCCUGGACCUGAAGAACGCGAACCAGCCGAGUGUCAGCACCAGCAGCAAUGGCAGCAGCACUCACAGUGGUACCGGCGGUGGGGCAGGCUAUGACUGGCACCAGGCCGCCUUGGCCAAAACCCUGCAGCAGACCUCAUACGGAGUGAUGCCCGAGUCCAGCCUGUUCAGCACGGUGCAGCUGUACCGGCAGCACAACAAGCUCUUCGGCUCCGUCUUCACCGGAGCCAGCAAGUUUCGGUGCAAGGACUGCAGCUCUGCCUACGACACCUUGGUAGGCCUGACGGUGCACAUGAAUGAGACGGGCCACUACCGCGAUGACAACCAGGACAAGGACGCAAACAACCCCCGCAAGUGGUCAAAGCCCAGGAAGCGUUCCCUCAUGGAGAUGGAGGGUAAGGAGGACGCACAGAAGGUAUUGAAGUGCAUGUACUGUGGACAUUCCUUCGAGUCCCUGCAAGAUCUCAGCGUCCACAUGAUCAAGACCAAGCAUUACCAGAAAGUGCCUCUCAAGGAGCCGGUUCCUGCCCUUGCCUCUAAGCUGCUGCCACCCAACAAACGGAGAGUCCAGCCCGACACCCAACCUUGCUCGCCGGAGUCCGCUGCCAAUCCCACGGGGGUGCCGGCCAGCGAGUCGGCUUCGGCGCAGAAAGCUGCCAAUCCCUACGUGACCCCCAACAACCGCUACGGCUACCAGAACGGCGCCAGUUACACCUGGCAGUUUGAGGCCCGGAAAGCGCAGAUACUGAAGUGCAUGGAGUGCGGCAGCUCCCACGACACAUUGCAGCAGCUGACCACCCACAUGAUGGUGACUGGCCAUUUCCUGAAAGUCACCAACUCUGCCUCCAAGAAGGGGAAGCAGCUGGUUUUUGACAAUGUGGGUGAGGAGAAAGUCCAAUCCAUCCCCUUGCCCCCUUCGACUCCAACGCGGAUGGCGGCGCCCACCCCCCAGACGAAGCCCGAAACGCCACCUUCACCGGUUACCGAGCCCAGGAAGGAACACGAGGAGGAGGAGGAGCCACUGGAACAGAAUGAGAAGGAACAAGAAAUAAAGGAGGAGAGAGACAAUCCCACAGAAAAGUUUGAGUCCACCUCACAGUAUCAGUAUCUCCGGGAAGAGGACUUGGAUGAAAGUCCUAAAGGUGGGAUUGAUAUUCUCAAGUCCUUAGAGAACACUGUCACGACAGCCAUUAACAAAGCCCAGAAUGGGGCACCUACUUGGGGCGGCUACUCCAGCAUUCAUGCAGCAUAUCAGCUUUCAGGGACCAUACGACCCUUUCAGCCAACAGUGCAGAACGUUCAGUUGACCCCAUUCUACACUAAUAGUGUCAAGGCCCUGUCUUCAGAGCAUCUCACUGCAGUGGAGUCUUCAGAGUGCCAUUCACCACCACCUCAAAAGAGCAAUGUCCACGCAAUGGAGGAACUUGUGGAGAAGGUGACAGGUAAAAUGACGAUUAAGUCAGAGGAGAAACCAGUAGAGAAAGAGCCUGUGGUCACACCGGUGACCAGGACAAGCUGUAGCUCAUCACCUCCCAGUGCUAAAGACCCUCCCAAAGCUGAGGACUUUGACGGUGCAGCUCAACUGAAAAGAGGUGCUGAGGGGGAGGAAGUGAAAGUGAAAAAAGAGAGCAAUUUAGAGACCUCUUCUCCCAAUGGGACAGAAUGUUUGAAAUCAACUGUUAGCAACGGCUGUAACAGUAUGGCGAUUAUUACAGACCAUUCACCGGAAUCACCAUUUGUCAAUCCACUUAGUGCACUACAGUCAAUUAUGAACACACACUUGGGCAAGGCUGCCAAGCCAUUGAGCCCUAGCCUUGACCCACUGGCCAUGCUCUACAAAAUAAGCAACAGUGUGUUAGACAAGCCUAUAUUCCCUGCCGCUCAGGUCAAACAAGCAGAUAUUGUAGAUCGAUACUACUAUGAAAACAAUGACCAACCCAUAGACUUAACAAAGUCGAAAAGCAGUAAAAAGCUCAUUUCAGCCAUGACAGAAACAAUACUCUCCUCCUCGAGGGAAAACGCUUUGUUGGAUAUUUCUGACAUGGUCAAGAACCUCACGGGCCGGUUGACACCCAAGUCUUCAACCCCAUCAACUGUUUCAGAGAAGUCCGAAGCAGAUGUGAGCAGUUUCGAGGAUACCUUAGAGGAGAUCUCUCCAGUGCAGAAGAGGAAGGGCAGACAGUCUAACUGGAACCCUCAGCACCUUUUGAUACUCCAAGCUCAGUUUGCGGCCAGCUUACGUGAGUCCUCUGAAGGCAAAUACAUUAUGUCGGACCUGAACCUACACGAGCGGGUGCACAUUUCAAAGUUUACUGGUCUUUCCAUGACCACAAUAAGCCAUUGGCUGGCCAAUGUAAAGUAUCAAUUGAGAAGGACAGGUGGAACUAAAUUCCUGAAGAACUUAGAUACAGGUCACCCAGUUUUCUUCUGUAACGAUUGUGCCUCUCAGUUUAGGACUCCUUCCAGCUACAUAGGCCAUUUGGAAUCUCACUUAGGAUUUUCUAUGAAGGAUCUCUCGAAGUUAUCAAUAGAGCAGAUUCGGGAGCAGCAGGCAAUUUCAAAGGUCAUACCAAAUAAGACACUGAGUUCAGUUGGGUUGUCAGAGGAAGACAUCAGCUGUACAUUCCAGUGUAAAAUGUGCAACCGGACCUUUGCAAGCAAACAUGCGGUCAAACUGCACCUUAGCAAAACACAUGGCAAAUCUCCAGAGGACCAUCUGUUAUAUGUAACUGAAUUUGAAAAACAAUAGUAUCCAGGGGGAGAAGAAGUGAAAAGAGCUGUUCUGAGAUUUUGCCCACAUUGUGGCCUGUCCUCCGGAUGUCCUCUGCUCGGCCCCCAGUCAUGCAUCACUCUUUUUGUCACAUUGAACUCCAUAUGCACCUACCCUAGAGAAUGGUCGGACUCCAGCAAUUCUUCUUCAUUCUCACUAACAAUUUGGUAAUGAAAUAUUGAUUUUUAGUUAGAUUCAUAUUGAUACUAUUAGGUUUGCAUUGAUAAAUCAUUCUGGCCUCCUGUGUGAUCAGAUAGAAGGCACUGCACUGAACCCUGGAGAUUACAUCCAAGUACACUGAUGUGUUAAUUUGAUGGAUUUUUUGCCAUCAAAGGAGCAGGGGUGGGUGGAGGGGAGGAGGGGUGGUUGGAAAAAUAGGAAGACCUUCAUUUUUUUUCCCAUGCUUUCAUCUUGAAGAUUUUUUUUUCACUGAGAAGCACCUAACUGACAAAUUCAUUGCUGGUGAACAGGCUGCUCAGCUGCAUGGACAUGCAAAUAUUUCAUGAGCUACCAAGGUAGCUGCUAAUUGGAUCAGAGUGCAAGAGAUGGGCAUGAGAGAGAACGAACAUGUUGCUCAUAGCUCACAUCGACUCUGGACUCUUUGCUUGCGGUUAUGAUCUCAGGGGCUUAGUUUGAUCCCGACACUCCAGCAGACAAAGGAGAAAAAAAAUCCCACCAAGGUCUAUUCUGUACGAGAGACCUUCAGACUGUCAGUUUCCAUUGCACAAGACAUGUACUGGUCAAGCAGCAUGAUUGAAGCCAGUCUUACACCACUUUGCAGGGUUGACUACAAAAUGAAUACUCCAGUGCUGUAAAUAGUGGAUUAACAGACUCCUUACAUUUCAGCGAGGGAACUCUUGGUGAUGGGAUAUUUUAUAUUACAAGAUAUCUGAGCAAAUGGACAGAACUGGCUGCUUUGUCUCCCUCCAGUCAGCAAUUCCCAUUGGGUUUGCUAUCCAAAAGGACACUCUGCAAAUCUUCAUUACCAGAAUAUGGUGCAAUCCUACAUAAGGAUGGUUUUAAUUAACACAUUAGGGGAGCACAACAUUUUACUGUCCAUGUUUCAGCACCGUAGACAGCAGAAGCAGUGGGUUGGAGUGGGGACAAUGGUGGGUUAUGAGAUCCAAUGCAUCAUAAUGCAGUGCACAUUUAAAUCAGACUAGUCCUAAAGUAUGCUGAUGUGUCUGCUUCAAUCCAUUUCAUGUUCAGCACUGCUCUGUCAAACCAUCAAUCUUGUGCUGUGCUAGGACAUGAAGAUAAAUCCAAUUGAUGAUUUAUGGUACUAAAUUUAUGAAUAGUACAUUUUUUGAAGUAGGGAGGUGGGGCGGGGAUAAUAAACAGGACCGCUGAGUUGACAUGACUGCUGAUAUGUGGCUAAAAAGAUCUCUUAGCUGGUAGCCCUGUGAUGCCAGUUGAGUGCUGGUAUGGCACAUCCCCUUCCAACACUGGGACUAACCCAUAGUCUGUAUCUAGAUGUAACAAUAGUACAUCUGUUACUCAGUCCUAACCACUCUUUUCUUUGUGUGAUUUUCUGCAUGGAAGGUUAUGUUAAAAUGUGCUGAUGAGACAACAUGGAUAUUAAAAUGAGUGCCUCGAUGUUCCUAGAUUCUGAGGAUUUAAGAAAUUGUUAGUAAAUACACUGAAUGUGGAAUUAUUAAAGCCAACCUGAAUUAUGUUGUUAUUGGGGAUCCAAAAGUAAGUUGGGCCAGAAGGACACUUGAUAGAAUGGUCCAGGGUAACUUGGGGUCAUUACAUCAAACUGAAUACCAAUUAAAAAAAAGUGAAACAUGUCUGUUCAGACCCCGGGGUAACAAUUCUGCAUAUAUUCCAGCCAAUAUGCGGCUGUGUUGGAGCAGGGACAGUUUUCUGUCAAUAUUAAGGUAAGGGGUACCUCAUUAACACUGUUCACCUGCCCGGAGCUAAACUGGGGAAAUAACAUCUAUAGUUUCCCCCCAAGGUGUCGAUUCAUCCUCUUGCUGAAUGUAAUAGCAAUUGGUCAACAUUUCUUCAUAACUCACAUAGGAAGGCUCCCUAACAACGUACACAGGCUUUUAGUAGAAAGGGAAGACGGCAGAACCGUCAAACAUUUCAGGCGUACCAUUCUGGGGUAAUGAAGCAUGGCAGCAAAAUAUACCUGUACAACACUUGAUAAAGAUGAGCUGACACACCAGUCCAAAUAGGUUCUUUUGUGUGCCUGCAUACGUCUAUCCAUCAAGGCUUUAGCUGGGAUAUGCAGGCAGCAAUAAUAGUACCAACUGGCAGGAGUCAUAAGGGAAGAGGAAGAUGUCAAUUAAAACCUUCUCUGUACAUCAUUGUAAUUGAAUCAAAAUUGUUACCCUGACUCAUUUUUCUUUCGAGUCAAUGGUUUUUACACAAGUGUAAACUCAUUUCAUUAUUUGUCUGUUUAAUCGGAUGAUUCAAAGAGAAAAGUAGUUUCUCUGCCCCUGAUUUCCAGGCAUCUAGCAAUCCCAAUGUCAUGCAUGUGAUAACAGUUCUGGCCAGUAGAGUGGAAUCAGUCAUGUGUCUGCUCUUUGACAUGACCAAUAUCUCUUUGAUAUUAAAACCAACUGGUUCACAUGAAAAAGUUUAUAUUAGUGCAAUGUCAGAAUCAGGACUGGAGGAAUUUAACGUGUUAAAGCCAAGUUUAAUAGGUUCUUGUAGUAGCCCUGACACACCCUGCAAACAGACUACUAAACAAAAAAAUAAUAAUGUAAAAUUUAUUUCCGAGGUCAACUUGCAUCAUUCUGCAUUGCAGCAUGAUUAACUAUGCCAUGCAAUAUCUGCAAUUUCUAACAGAUUUGCAGACGUGUCCUCUCAGUGAGAAACACAAUUAGCUACUCCAUGUUAUUUUUUUGAGGGGUGGGUAUCAGUGACUCACUCUGGGACUACACCGCUUGAUGGAUAUGUUUUCUUAGGUUUCAGUUGAUCUGUUUUCACUUUAAGGCUCAAUGUGUGGCGGUGAGUCCCAUUUUUUUCUACGAAGGCAUGUUGUAUAUUUGCAUUCCAGAUACUGACAAUAACAGAACAUAACAGUAUCUGCUGUACAUAGAUUGAGGUACAAUAUGUGUUUCCUUACUUGAUUUUUUUUUUAAAGUCAAAAAAUUUAGUGUUGCACUGCCACCUUUUUGGGAAGACUGUACAUAUAUAAAUAUAUAUACAUAUGUGUAAUAUAUUGAGCCAUGAUAACUUAAAACAUUGAUUGUAGAUUCUUCUGUGUUUGCUGGGAUCUUUUAUUAUUUUGUUUCUAGUCUCUAUAGUCUCUCAUUGAUAGUCAUACACUUUACUGUUUUCUGUUAUACAAAGUCAUUUUUGUGCCAGAAAUGCCCUUUUGACCGCCAAAUCUUUUUUAAAAAGUUUGGAUAAAUGAUGGCGAAAAUAGGGAGUAAAACUUUGUAUGGAAAAUCUUCUUUUCUGCAUUUCCUUCCAUUUGUCAUAUCAAUUGUUGCAAUUGAACGGUGUAUCCUUGCUUCUUUGGCUUAAUGACUGCUUUGUAAGGUUUCACCCUUGAUCCACUUUAAACUUUUCUCUGGAGUUGUGAGGGCAACUCCCCUUUUCUUUAAUUUUCAAGCCAACUUGGACUGCACUUCUCUGAAGGUGGUGAUGCGUGUAGAAGGUGGAUGCGUUUUAACAACUGGUGCACUUAUUUACGAAAAAAAAAGAAAAAAAUCAUUUGUAUGAUAAAAAUAUAUAUUUAGAUUUUCCAAGCACAACUCUGAUAAAAAUCAAAAAAAUGGCUCUUUUUAUGUUUCAUAAAGAUGUUACUACCAUUAUGGAUCUUUUUUGCUACAACAGGUUAAA